UUGAAUUUGCCACUGGCGCUGCGAAUCUCUUUCUUUUUCUUCUCGCCUUUUAAGUGGAACUGUUCUGUUCUGGAUAUUUUUUUUCGUGUUAUCGCAUAACAGUUGAAACCUUAAAAGAAAAAUGGCAGACACUGAAGUUGACACCAGUUCAGAGAUUUCUGCAAAGGACCUGAAGGAGAAGAAACAGGUUGAAGAGGCUGAGAAUGGGAAGGACAAGCCUGCCAACGGAAACGCUGUGGACGAGGAGAAUGGGGACGCUGAAAAUGAAGUAGACGAUGAAGAGGAUGAUGUGGGGGAGGACGAGGAUGAGGAAGAUGACGGAGAGGGUGAUGAGGACGACGAGGAUGAUGAAGUCGAGGGGGCAACAGGAAAGCGGGCGGCUGAGGACGAUGAUGAUGAUGAGGAUGAUGUGGGAACUAAGAAACAGAAGACUGAUGCUUAGGAGCCGCCUGGCUGCAGCCCCCUCCCCUCAGGACCGCGCAGGGGUCAACGCAAGGUCGUCUAUUAGAGUUCACCGUCCACUCAGACUCACCCACCAGACGCAGACUUUUUAGAACCAACCAAGACUUCAAAGCUCUACCUUCUUACAAAAUACUUUAAAAGGAGAAUUCGUUUGUAUUUUUAUUUACAUUUUAUAUUUUUGUACAUAUUGUUAGGAGGUCAGCCAUUUUUGACCGUGAUCUCUGGUGACCAAACGGUGCUUUGAAGUUGAAGCUUCUCUAUGAAAUAGACUUUACUUGUGGUUUGACCAUGUCAUGUUAUCUCAACAGAAACUUGUACAAAAUCAAAAAAGGUCAAUUCAAAGCAUUCCAGUAAUGUUGUGUGUGUACUUUAGUUUGUACCAUAAGCAGUUGGUUUGUAUGGGAUGGCCAGGCUGGAGAAAAGACGUUUCUUUUCUUUACUGUCUGUUAAAAUUGCUGUCUAUUGUGGCCUGUUUGAUGUAUGUGUGAAGUUUGUUGUACGACAAUAAACCGGAAUUUUAUUUUGUGA